ACAAAUGAAAUUAAUUGCAUAAUUCCGAAAUUAUUAGAAAAGAGAACCAAAAAAUACGAGUUCUUGAAUUGAUUGGAAUAUACAAGAGGUGGGAUCAUGUAGAAAAAAAGGCAAUUAUUUGUUUGUUAUGUAUAUAUAUAUAUAUAUAUGCAAUUGCCAGUCCAUCACUUUGUAUCAUCCCACCCCAAUAACUUAAAAAAAAAAAUACAAAUAAGAAAAUAAAAUUGUGCUUCAUGCUGUUGAGAUGCUAAUUGCUGUUCCUAUAAUUAUUACCAGAAAAUAACACUAUUAUCCUCCUCACACACAAUUUCUCCCUUUUCCUUAAUUUUUUUAAUUUAAUUUUUCUCUUUCUUUAAUUAUUAGUAAUAUUACUUACAAGUUACAAGUAUCAUUCCAACUUUGUUCUUCUUAUUCUGUCCUUAAAAAUAAGGCAUGUUCAUUUAACAUGCACUUUGCUUAUCCAACCUAACUUAAAAGAGAGAGAGAGAGAGAGAGAUUUUAUAGUAAAAGAAGAUGGAGGAAAUCAUUGAAAAUGGAGAAGAACAAAAAAGAGGAAAUCAAUUAGCAGCAAAAUCAAGGGUUAAGAUGAACAAAUAUGCUCUUGCUUGUGCUCUAUUAGCUUCUACAAACUCAAUUUUACUUGGUUAUGAUAUUGGAGUAAUAAGUGGAGCAGUCCUUUACAUAAGAGAAGACCUAAAAAUAAGCUCAAUCCAAGAAGAAAUCCUAGUAGGCUCUCUCAAUGUAUGCUCAUUAUUAGGAUCCCUUCUCUCCGGUAAAACAUCCGACCUCAUUGGACGGCGCUACACCAUCGUCCUAGCCGCCACCACAUUCUUCAUAGGGGCGAUCCUUAUGGGGCUCGCCCCAUCUUACCCUUACCUGAUGGCAGGUCGCGUAAUUGCUGGUAUUGGAGUAGGCUACUCACUCAUGAUUGCACCACUUUACACAGCCGAGAUAUCACCAGCUAUGACACGAGGAUUCAUGAGCUCGUUACCUGAGGUUUUCAUCACAAUAGGGAUACUGCUAGGGUACAUUGUUAACUAUGCAUUUGCGGGGAUCCCUAAGAAUUGGAACUGGAGGGUAAUGCUGCUGUUGGCAGCAGUUCCUGCUGUGGGUAUUGGGAUGGGUGUUUUUGUGAUGCCUGAAUCGCCGCGCUGGCUUGUUAUGAAAAAGAGGUUGAGUGAGGCUAAAAGGGUUUUGGUUAAAACUUCUGAAACAGAGGAAGAAGCUGAAGCUAGGCUUGGGGAGAUCACUAGAGCUUGGGAACUUCAUGAAUCAAGUGACUUUGCUGGGAAAAGUGUAUGGAAGGAGCUAUUCUGGAAACCAACACCAGCAAUUCGCCGAAUCUUAGUCGCUGCCAUCGGAAUCAACUUCUUCAUGCAAGCAUCAGGUAAUGAUGCAGUGAUCUACUAUCUUCCAGAAGUAUUUCAUGGUGCUGGAAUCAAGAAAAAAAAACAGCUAUUUGCCAUCAAUGUAAUAAUGGGAACAGCAAAAGCAACCUUUGUUAUGAUUUCAGCUCUUUUCCUGGACAAAUAUGGUAGAAGGCCACUUCUCUUAUUAGGCUCAUCUGGUAUGGCUAUAGCCUUAUCUAUAUUAGGGCUUGGAUCCAUGUUUCUUCAGCACUCAGCCCAUAAACCCAGUUGGGCUAUAGUCAUGUGUGUGAUUGCAGUUUGCGCUGAUGUGUCAUUCUUCUCAAUCGGGCUUGGGCCCAUCACUUGGGUGUACUCAUCAGAGAUAUUUCCAUUGAGGCUCCGAGCACAAGGCACGAGUUUAGCAGUGUCUGUUAAUAGAUUGGUGAGUGGUGUUGUGUCCAUGACAUUUUUAACAAUUACAAAGAAGAUAACAUUUGGAGGGAUAUUCUUUGCAUUGUCUGGGAUUAUGGUGAUUGCCACAGUAUUUUUCUUCUUCUUCAUGCCUGAGACUAAAGGGAAAAGCUUGGAAGAUAUAGGAAAAUUGUUUGAGGAUAAGAAAACUGUUGAUGAAGGAGUAGAAAUCUCUGAAAUUUGAAGCCUUUUACCACUCUACUAUAUACAAUUAAGUAUUUCAUUUUGUUAGUUGAGUUGAUUUUUGAUUGGUUUCACUUGGCUACUCCCUUGUAAUUAUUGUUAGUAUAUUAGUUAGUCAUGUAAGUCCUAGUCAAGUAGUUACUUCACUAUGGGCUAUGGAAAACUACAUGAUCUGUUAGGACUCUUAGAGUGUAUAACAUAUCAUGGAGUUUCAACUGUCAACUUAAGUUUUUGGUUGAGUUGAUUAUUUGAUAUGGUAUCAGAGUCAAUUGGGCCUCAACCAUCGACUUAAACUUUUAGUUGAGGCUCCAUGAUAUAUUAUAUACUCUAAUGGCGAUAAGUUGUAAUUACUUUUCUAAGAUCGAAAACGAUCGAUAUUUGAUUUAGUCAAUUCAACUACAAAUCAAAAUCUUUGAUGUACUAAUAGUUUACUAUUCGAUUCGUUUGUUCAAUUAAGUUUGGACCUUAGUAACAAAUCACGUGACACUAGCAUGACCUAUUUAUUCGCCUAUGUGAACCUAUUCAUUCGCCUACGUGAUAGCAUAGUCUAAAGAACAGGGAAAAUAAUGCAAACAAGGAGUAUAAAUGGUCAUAUCUUUACAAU